AUGGCCCCCACUACAUUUCACCAAUUUGCACUGCUUCCAGUCGAGAUUCAAACAGAGAUUUGGAAGCUUGCCGCCAGAUCUGCAACUGAUGAAUCGCGUGUCAUACCAAUUGUUGUUCAUUGGACGCCUGGUUGCUCGAGUCAAAGGUACAAUGGAAUGAAGAAUAAGACUCCUCUCUUUCUGACACCCAUUUCUGUCAUACCUCCGCUAUUGCAUGUCUGUUCCAUCUCUCGCUCACUAGCUCUACCUAUCUAUGAGCUUGUGAGCAUGUCCAAUAAACCUGGUCAUCAAGAUAAGAUCAACGCCAUGGGCGUUCGACUCAGUGCACCAUCCACGUACAGCGAUGAAGCAACAGGCAUCUACAUUAAUCUCAAGAAGGAUGUCGUUUAUUUUACAAAUCAUGAUAUUUUUGACAAAACGGGGAAUCAACAUUUCCCAAUGUCAAAUACACAUGCAGAUUUGGAAGAUCGUCUUAUAUACGAGCCACAGUUUUUUCAACCUUGCUCAGACCUUUUGUUUCCCGUGAAUGAUGCGCUUCGUCUGUUAUUUGGGGACAUGGAUGUAAGGAAAGAAUUGAGAAACAUCGGAUUCAGCUUUGAUAUUCCAGUGAAGAGACAUCAUUCCUGCUGGGGGGGAUUGAGUAAGGAUUUCUACGGAAUACGAAGAAUUGUUUUCGUAUCUGAAGCAAAGGGGGAGAAGAGAUCACUACGAAAUGGGAAAGUACAUGGCACCCACGCCGCAGCGUCUACCUCCAAAGUCCUCAAGUUCACGACUCCCUCGCCUUAUAUCAGAAAUAAAUGUUUUGAAACUUACAAAGACCGCUUUCAUAGUCAAGGAGAUCACAUGCGAGAUGGGUGGGAUUAUAUGAUGGUUAAUGCCCGAGAACAGUUUUUCCAACCGCUGAUUAAUGGAUUCACGGGACCUCGGAUGACUGGGCCGGGCCCCGGCAGAAAUUGGUUGCAGUGGGGAGUACAUGGAUUGGUACCUUUUGGAUGGAAAGGUACGGGAGUGGGAGAGGAGUGGGAGGAGGAUGGGGGUGAGGAAUGGAAUCAUGAACAUAUAGGGCCGAGAGUGGAGUUUUUGGUUGAGGAUGGGAAGGAUAGCAAUAGGGCGAUGAGGGAUAUCUUUUUGGUUUGA